GCGGUGGACGGGUGGGUGGCGCUCGCUCGCUGCCUCCUCCUCUCCCUCCUCCGCCUUCCCGCCUCCCCUCCCUUCUCCCCUCAGCACGCAAGCAGUUCUCCGUCCCAGCCCCUCCAAGGGAGCCCGGCUGGCUGGGUUGGGAGCCAGCGCCGCGCAGCCCAGCGGCCAGGGGAGGACGGGAGGCGUCCGGCCGGUUACUCGCCUCUGUCUGAAGCCCGAGCAGCUGCAUCUCUUGACUGAAAAGGAUUUACUCCGGCUGUUAUCAGAGCUGUGCUUAACCACUGUUUUGGAUGAGACCUUUCUGUACCAUAUCUGGACUAUUCCGGCCUGAACACAUUCUUUGUAUUUUUAAGGAAUUCUUACAGGUACCUCACCUUGGGGCUCCAGAUCCAAACAGCCAAUAGUAACCACCACUCUGACUGGGGGGACCAGGACAGAAUACCCCACACAGGAUUACAGUCCGGAUGAAUAGAGUAGAACAAACUUGUCACCACACAGGCACGGUUCCACUACAACUUCAAGGGGAGCGAGGCGUAUAUGCUUACAGUCACUUCAGUUGCCAUUUCCCCCAUGGGGGCAAGACUGAGGCAUGAGCACUGGCACACGAUCCAUCCCACACCCUCUUCCAUACAGGCCAUGAGGGAGACCCACCCCAUGACUAGCAACAGUGACCAGGAUGUUUAUCAUUGGGUUGUUAACCUAUUCCAAGCAGGCUCCUGCACCCUUGCAAGCUUCCUGACAGUUAUGCAGCAGGUUCAUGUUGGGGAGAGGUCUGAAACGCAAGCUGAAUGAUUAUGAAGAGAACAUGGCUGGUGUGUCAAGUGCCUUUGAUUCCAGUCGCAACGUGCCAUAUCAGCUCAAGAGGCAGCUGGUGCUCAAUGUCUGCCUUGCCAAACUACAGACAUACAAGAUGCUGGUGGAACCAAACUUGCACCGCUCUGUCCUUAUUGCCAACACAGUCAGGCAAAUCCAGGAGGAGAUGAGGCAAGAAACUAGCCAGCAGCUCAAUAUGUGUGGUGGUUUCAGCACCAGUUCUUCUAGUUACCUGGGGCUGGAUUUGUUUGGAAUGCCUUCACACCUUUUUCCAGGCAUUAAUCAGCAGGAAUUAAAUAGUUAUGAACCACGACCUGUGGAAGGCCCAAUGGAAAACAGUUUACUGAUGGUUUCAGAUAAUGACAUGUCCUCAGCCAUUUCCUCUAUUCUGAAAGAUUUGGACUUCAUGGAGGAUGUGAGUCCCCCUACUUGCCUAGCUGCAUCUGGAGAUGAUCAGUUCAAGUCUUCUGAAACUCCAGGUCUUCGGUUAGAAGAUGACAGACAGGACUUGAAGGGAGUGGAAUGCGCGUUUGGUUCCUUUGAAAUCUCAAACUCAACGAGUUACUUGAAAGACUUGGCUAUUGAUGACAUCUUUGAAGAUAUUGACACUUCAAUGUAUGAUUCAGACUUUGACUGCCCCUCACUAACACCUUCAAGAGCAUCGCCUGUGACAACCACAGAAGAGAUCUUGAAAACUUUCCCUUCCUGCAAUUCUUCCUCAACAAGCAACAUCCCGAUCUGUAGAAGUGAUCUCAGUGAUUUGGACCAUAUCAUGGAGAUCCUUGUAGGGUCUUGACACUUUUUUUAAAAAACCCAAAGAUUUUUUCCCCCAGGCUGCCACACAAUGCUGGUUUGAAGAUAAAGCUACAGAGAGAGGAGGGAGCAAGCUGCAAAGUGUUAUAUCAGAAUAUCUGUGAGUGGUUCUCAAAACUUCUCUGGAAGUCAUAUAUAACCCACCCACCCCUCAAAAAACAGUGGCAGGCUGUCAAAUAUAAAAUGGAAUAUUUAUUAAAUCAAUUGUGCAAUUUUUUUAGUCCUUCUAGGGUGUAUGUGAGGAAUGUGUCUCUUGCACAACCUUCUUAUUCCCAGAAAACUCACUUUUUUAGUGUGCAAUUUUUAAUCUGCCUGAAGAAUUGACAUGGCAGCAAUUUUCAUAAGAGGGGAAAACAGCUUCUGAAGUCUAAAAAUUCUAUUUUUAAUAUUGAACUACAUUCUGUGUUACCAUUCACUGGAGUUGCAUACUUGGAUUCUGCAGCCUCAGUCAGUGCAGAUAUAUUUUAAAGAUAUUUAAAGAACUAGCGAUCUCUUCCCAUUUGUUGAAGGCUCAUCAAGAUGCUUUGCAGCAAAAUCCCUUGCAUUUUGUAAAGCAUUUGAAACUAUUUAUUUUUGUAAAUUUUAUAGUCUUUUUACAUUUUACUAAAUUGUUCUAUCCUAGUUUGGAGAUGAAUUUCUGGUUGGAUGUGGCUGGCACUACCUCUAUAAGCAGAAAUGCUUUAACUCUUUCCAGUGCUUUGUCUAACACUGUAGAUCUUUGUUUUCUUGGAUGGUAUUUGUGGUGGUAUAAGCAAGAAACUUGUCAGCAAUUUAGCUGGUAAAAUUUUAUGGUAUUUAAUUGUUCAUAUUUACAAAUGUAAUUUAUAUGUAUAUUGUCCAAUUUAAAAACUUUGUCAGUAUUAUGUGCAUCGAUUUUGGGGUAAUAUGGGUUUUUUAAAUUUAGUAUUUACUGUACAGGUAGAACUAUUUUAGUUCUUUGGAGAACAUUGUAUAUUUGCAACACACUUUUAAAUUUUAUGUGCAAUAUAUCACUUAAACAGAACAUUUUUGCACACCCUGUUCUAUAAGGAAUGCAUUGAAUCCAAAUGGCAGGCAAAAAAUCGAGACAGCAGAGUAUCUGAAGUGUACUCUACACUCAGUCUGCUUGCAACUGUGCUUAAGCCCUGUGCAAGUUGAAUGGAACUUGUCUAAGAGCACAGCUCUGAUCUUGCACAAUUCCCUGUCGUUGCAGGGGGCAAUCCUACUUCAUUGAAGAUGCUCACCAUGGAUUGUAUCUCUUGGCUAUUUUUACUCUUUCCUCACAUGAAGUGCUAAUACUCAGUUGGAACUGAGCAAAACUUAGAAUCACCCCCACCCACCCCCACCUGAGAUUUAGGAAUCCACCUGGCAGCGAUCCCACUGCAAUUUGCAGAAACUGCGUUUCUCACAACCUCAGACAGUCUUGGUGACAGUGCCCUGCAUGUUCAAGUAUUUUCCCUACCCUAUGUUGGGUGCCACUGAGUAAGCCCUACCUGCAUUGCUGCUGCCAGGUGGCAGCAUCUCCACCUAUCAGGCUUCCUAUUGGAGCUGUGUGGUUGCUAUCUUUUAUUUUCCCAGAAUGUAAUGCGCCAGCCUCCUAGCAUGGCAGAGGGGUCCAGUAUAUCUGCUUGAGUGAAAGAGGCUGAACAAAGCAGUCAUCUGACAAAUGGGCAAUAUGUGUAGCAGCACAUGUAUGAAGGGGGUAGGAGAUACUCAUUUGCUGCAAAAGUUUGUUUUUCCAUAAGUUAGCAGAGAGGUCUGCAUCCACCUCAAUUUUGCCAAACCCCUCUGUUCAUCAUACCUCCUAAGAAUAGGUAGUGCCUCAAUGAGGACUGGGAUUUUUUUUUAAUAUUGAAAGCAAAAUAUUUCAUCCUCUUGUCAUGGGUUCAAAAAUAAAAGUCUCACAAAGUAGAAGAAAAUAUUAGAAGAUCUCCCCCUCUCUGAAAACACUGAUCAUAUUGAUAAAGUAAGCCUGUGGAGGUGUAUGAGGUCUUUUUUCUCAAAAGAAAUAUAGCAUGGACAUUGGCUAAUUUUCUGAGUGUGCUACUGUAGUUCAAGCAGAUUCAGAGGUGGGUAUACCCAACUUAGAGCAUCUGGAGGUUGGGAUUGAAAGCUCCUCCAGACAGUCUUGACCUGCUCUGGCAGGACCCAGGCAGGCUCUACCUGCCCUCUGCAGUAGAUGCUGCUGUCGAUUGAGUGGCUACUGUGGUACUAAGUGGCAGCAGCAUUAGCACUUGUUUCUCCCCUCUGUUUCAUCUUGUAGUGCUGGUGUGUUUCCUAUUGGACCCAGUUGGUGAUGUUUAGCCACCCCUUGUACUAUAAUGCAUCGUGGGGCACCUGAUGUAGCCGUGCUACAUUGGAUGUUCUAUGGCAUGGCAUUUCGGGCAGUAAAAGGUGCCAGUGGUAUGGCGCCACUUGAAGCCAAGCAGCCAUCUGCCUCCAAUAACUGCGCUAGAGAGCUGCAGGAAGGGCAAGUCUGAGCAGUGGCAGGGACAAGGCACUAUGUGGUGACACUAGCACUAAUGUGGGAGGGCUGUUAGUGCCUGCCUAGAGAACAUGGGGGAUUGGUGGUGGUAGGAGCAAAAGUUGGCACCAUGCUGAGGACCCAUUUGAGCCUGAGCCUGACUCAAAGAGCUUAUUACUGCAGGAAUGUUCCCUGUUCUCAGAUUUAGCUCUUUUCCCCAUGCUGCUACGCAAAGCAGCAGUGUGUACUGUACAUCAGUCGCUCUUUGCUUCUACCAAUCUAACCACACUUGCUGGAUUAAUUACUUCUCCUGUCCUCUUCCACCAUAGCAGUGCUGUGACAGUGGCUAUGCAUCUGCUGUACUAGAGUAUUUAUUCUGGGGCCAGGCUGACUCAACAGCAAUGCAUUUUGGGAUGAAAGAUGACAACCUAGAGGAUGAAUUUGGUUGCUACCACCGAAGCAACCAACCUCACAGUAUGCCUCUAGCAUAGACAAGAGAAGUGAUUCCACACAUACGUAGAGAAAAUUGUUCAGAUGUGGCAGAUGCUAUUGCAUGCUGUCAUACAUCAAUCUUGCUUGCUACCCAUUUCCUUUAAUGCUUUCAUUUGACUGUUCAAGGGGCAUCCACCAAGUUUCAGUGGAAUUAAAAAAAAGAAACAACCUUAUAUGUUUAAUAUUGAAAAGGGGCAAAAUGCAUUCAAUCUUUGGUUAUAAACCUGGGACUGUUUUCAUUUAUUUAAUACUGGUUUUCUGCCAUCUUCCCAACUCUACUCAUGACUGAGUCAGAUCCUACAACUAUUUUAAAAGCAAUCCCCUUUUAUUGGUCCAGUCCAGUUUGGCAAUUGAAAUGUAUUUUUUUUUUAUGCAUAAAGUUCGCAAUGGGAUCUAAAAUACAGCAGACACUUUGGCAAAAAGGGAUUAAGUAGAAAGAAUGUACACAGAUUGUGCAUAAAUGCUUCUUUGUAUGUAAAACAUGAAUCUUGAAAAUGGUAAGGGCCUUCUGCACUGUGAUGAAGCAGAUUUGUGGUUAAAAGAAUAUUUUUUAAAUUCCUGUGAUAAUAAAUAUUUCAAUCUAA